UUAAAAUUAAAAUGAAUGGGAUGGGAACGUGGGGAAGCUCGGAACGCCCGAAGCGCCGAGUCGUACGUUGCGACGGGAGGCACAGAGCAGCAGGGCCAUAGCCGCUCCUUCCUCUGCCGCCUCCGUCUCCGGGCCGUCUUUCCGCUCCGGGGCCGGAACUCCACUGCGGCCCGCCGGGCGCCGGGGGCACCGCCCCGCGGAGCGCCGCCGGAAGGGCGGGCGGAAGAGGCGGGCGGCGGCGCGGUGCGCACCAUGGUGGCCACCAGGCGGGCGACGCGGCGGCGGGAGGCGGGGACGGCGGCAGCCGGGGGUGACGGACCCGGCGGCGCGACGGAGACUGUAUCUGCUGAAAUUGGUACUUCGGUAUCUACGAGGAUGUCCAGAAGGAGUAAAGCAGUUUGUAAACCUGCUGUAAUUCGGGAAUCUCAGCUGGAGGAGGUGGACCAUGCAGGAACAAAACCAGAUGUCAGUGAUAGCACAGAAAUGCAGAUUAGUAGAAAUGAGAAUGCAGCUGUUCAUUCAGCACGAUCAUCUGCCGAUCCACAGGCUGAUGGAGAUGUGUCUGAAGCAGAAUCAAACUGCUCUGCUGUGUCUGGUCUUCAGACACCUCUGUUUAUAAGAGUAACGAGAAGGCGACAAAUUGUAGUUCCUUAUCAACCAGCUUCCCCUUCGAAAAAAAGACAUAACAGGACUGCUUUUCUAAAUGAGUUAAGCAGAACUGUGGAUGAAGAUGAUGUGUCUGAAGCGGAGUCUUGCUCCUCUGCUGUUUCUGAUGUCCGGAUGCCUAAUUCUACCAAAACUACGAGAAAUAGGCAAAGUAGGAAUAAGUUGCAGUCAGAUCUUGUUUGUGAAGCCCAGAGUGAAGAUAUCUCUGAUGCAGAGUCAUGCUGUUUUCAUCAGGAGCCGUCCAUUACUGCCAAACGAACUACUAGGAGCAUGCAAAUGAAACUGCAAGCAGAAAAUACUCAGCAUGCUGAGAACGUAAACAAAAUUGUUUCAAAACCUGAGAAUGUAAUUGAGGACACAAUUAAAUCUGAGUCAGACCUAAUUUCUGACUCUAGCCCUGCUGCAGAAUUUAACAUAGAAGUUACUUCCUUUGUCACUGAGUGUAAUAAAGAAUCUGGUUCACCUAAGAGCGAAUGUUCUCCCAAGUCUGCUAAUAUAAUCCCUAACGAAGGUAUGAAACAGAACUUUUUGAAUGAUAUGGCACCUAGUAGUCCUGAAAAAAUGGGAAAAAAAAGUACUGAAUCACCAGUAAAAAAAGCUUUAACAGAUACUCUGGUUGUUGAGGUAGAUGAUUCAGAGGAAGAAAAUGGCCAGAUGCAGGAAGAGCACAGUAAAGUACCAGGGAAGGUGACGUUGAAGAUUAUGGAUGUUUGUUUGACGGACUGCAUGAGUCCCAAAGUGUUUUUAGAAUCCCCAGGGGAAAUAAUACCAAAUGAAAAUGAAGCAGUGCCAGGAAACAGAAGAGUAGAUGCUGAGGCAGCUGUUGAGAGAACUUCCACCCACGCCUGUGACUUAAGAAAGGGUGAACCGUCUAGAGGAGCAAGCAGCCCAGGGAAGGAUGUGUCUGUUGCACAUACGACUGAUAGCAUAAUUAGUAGCUGUAGAAUGGUUGGAAUCAGUGUAGACGGCAGUGAAGACCAAACAAGAGAAUGUGCUGAAUUUGUAUCCUGCAGCAGUGAAAGAUCCAGUGAUGAAAAUGAUUCCUUUGCAUUGUUACUGAGCAAAGAUGGAAGCGGUGAAUCUGAGAACUGUGAUGCCACAGAAGAGAAUCUGAGUGACACAGAGGCAGAAGAGAGGACUCCUUCCAUGAACAAAUCUUUAGAAAAGAAUUCACUGCAUGUUGAAGGCCUUUUUGUAAUUGAUACUGAGCCUGGCAUGGGUUCCAGCCGAAAGUAUUACCUGGAUCAGGUAGAGCAAGGUAGUGAUGUUGAAAGUAAGCAUGAAGGGAGUGAAAAAGUUGAAGAAUCCUCAGAUCUAGAGGAGGCUGAAGAGGAACUCAUAGAUGAAGAUGAGAAAGAUGAAGAUGAUGACUUGUUGAAAAACAAAAUUGAUGUUUUGCAUCUUUCCAGCAGCAUAGACCCUGGUUUGAAUAUCAGGAAGCUUGGAGGUUUGUAUAUUAGCUUUGAUGGAAAAAAACAAAAACCUAGUACAAGUGUAAUUAAGCAACUGAAGGAGAAAAAGAAGGACCAGCUCUUGCAGAAGAGUAUAAUAACUCCAGAUUUUGAAAGAAAGGAAAGUGUCCCACCCCUCAGAGAGUCGCUUCAGCAGCUAAAGAAACAACGCAGAGCAGAGCAAGAGAAGACAACGGGUGACGGCUGGUUUGGUAUGAAAGCCCCAGAAAUCACAAGUGAACUGAAAAAUGAUCUUAAGGUGUUGAAGAUGAGAGCUGCUUUGGACCCCAAACAUUUUUAUAAGAAGAAUGAUCGAGAUGGUCUGCCCAAAUACUUCCAGGUUGGAACUGUGCUUGAUUCUCCCAUAGACUUUUACCACAGUCGGAUUCCUAAGAAACAGAGGAAGAAAACAAUUGUUGAAGAGCUGCUUGCAGAUUCUGAGUUUAGAAGAUAUAAUAAAAGGAAGUAUCAGGAGAUCAUGAGUGAAAAAGCAGCUUAUGCAGCAGGGAAGAAGAAUCGGAAGAAGAAGAAAUUUCACAAUUAAGACUUGAAGAAAAAUAACAAGAUGGAACCACUUAUUUGUCAUAAAUCUUUUCUCAGAUUGCUUUGA